AUGUACCUUCAUAAUAAUUCAAAUUAGAGAUCUCAAAAAAAUAGAAUAUUUGAUUCCCCAAAUACAGGAUAAAUAUCUUUAUCAAGAGACCUAUCAACUAAUUUCACUCCUGUCUAAUAUGAGGAAAGCUAAAAAAAUUACAUUAAAACAUCUUAAUUUUCACUAAACACGUCAGUAAAUUAAUCAAUUUAAGAAACUUAAUUCUAAUAACCAAUUUAAGCUGAAAUUAUUAUGGGAAUAUAAAAUACUCCAUAAUUUUUCAAAUAGCAUAACAUUAUCAGAAGAGAACUUGGAAAAUAUAUAAAUGAAAGUGGUUAAUUAAAAAUUGAUGAAGGUUAAUCUGAGGAUAUGGCAUCAAGUGAAGAAAGCCUUAAUUCUAUUCCUUAAGUUAUUAGUAAUUUUAAUAAUUUUGAAAGAAAAGUCAAUAAAAAACAAUAAUUUUAUCCAAAUAACACUUUAAAUUAAUAGGAACAUCCUUUAAAGGUUUCAGAUUUAAAGUCAGAACCUAUUUUAAGAGAUACUUAAAUAUAAGAAUAUCAACUAGAAAGUAGUAAUAGCUCUUAAAGAAUUAAUUAAAAUAUUUUUACUUAAUAAAAAAUAUAAGAAGAUUAAAAAAGUCCAGAAUCUAUUUAAUCUAUGAAAAAUGAUAACUAAGAAUCCUAUUUAUCAAACCCUUAACAAAUUAAUUAAUAAUCAUUUGAUUAAUCAAAUAUAAGUUAAUGGUCAAUAGAAUAGAUUGAAAUCUUAAUUCAAGGAAUUUAGAUAACUAAAUAUAGUAGAAAAACCCUUUUUGGUAAAAAGAAAAGGUUAUUGUAAGUUUCUCCUGAUUUAAAGUUAUUAGUUUUUAGAAAUUUAGAACAUAAAAUUACAAAGAUUUACUCAAUAAAUAAAAUUACUAAAAUAGAGAAAGGUGCCAAUACAGAAACAUUUAGGCUAUACAAACCAAAAUCAGAUAUUUUAUGGUUAUGCUUUUCAAUAUUUCUUGAUGAGAGAACAGUUGAUUUAAGUGUAUAAACUUAAGAAUAAUUAAGCUAAAUUAUAGACAGCCUUUAUGGAUUAAUUUAGAAAAAUUGA